GAACCCAUCUAUGGAUACUUUGGUGUCUUCAAAGCCGCACAGACAGUCUACAAGUGGACUACUCCUUUGACUUCAUGAGAGGGAAAUAAUUUUUUUGGCACACUUUCUGGCCGCCAUCUACCCAAGUGGAGAUGUCUGAGGAAAAUAUGGGGGAAGAGUCGAGCAGCUCCCCUGCCUCUCCUGUGGACAGCCUGAGCAACAGCGAGGGGGAGCUGGAAAGACAACCGAAGAGAUGUGGGAGGAAGAGGAGACCGAGCAGGAAAAACGGGGAGGACUCAGAUAGCCCGACCCCUGGGAAAAGGGGGAAGAAGUCCAGCAGCAGCAGCCCCCAGUCUUUCGAGGAGCUCCAGUCGCAGCGGGUCAUGGCCAACGUCCGGGAGCGACAGAGGACCCAGUCUCUCAACGAAGCGUUCGCAGCUUUGCGGAAAAUUAUCCCCACUUUGCCCUCGGACAAACUCAGCAAAAUACAGACCCUAAAACUCGCAGCCAGAUACAUCGACUUCCUCUGCCAGGUGCUGCAGAGCGACGAGCUGGACUCCAAAAUGUCAAGUUGUAGUUAUGUGGCUCAUGAGAGGCUGAGCUACGCCUUCUCUGUAUGGAGGAUGGAGGGCGCUUGGUCCAUGUCAACAUCUCACUAGCACCUGGAGAAAUUGUGCCCAAAAUGGUGACUGCUGAAUCUACUUAUCACAUUCUGACGGGACAAAUCUGGAGUCCAAUGCUGGAUACAUGGGAUCACUCUAUUUAAAACCAAAGACGACAGAAGGUCUGGGGAUCAUUUUCUUUUGCAGAGGCCCGAUUGGGGACUUUCAGCCGUGUGUUAGCUCCAUACACCCCGCAUUCAAAUGUGUUUUCAUGUUGUUGACGACGAAUGUUGAAAAUUUAAUGUGUUUUUAAAGCAAAGAUUUUAGUCUUCCUUUCUUUUCUUUUUUUUUCUUUUUUUUUUUUACUGCAUGCCUUUGGACUUAUUUCUUUGGAGGUCAAAGUGCAUUAUUGAAGCUGUCUCAGUGUCUCAGUGUUUUUUGGGGAUUUUUUUGUGUGAGACUGUCAACUGGUGGUGUAGCUCACAUUACAGACUGACUGUGUGGAUCUAACCUGUGCAACCAAAAAAAAAAAAAAAAAAAAUCUGAAAAAAAAUUUCAGAACGCAUUUAUUUAUUUAUUGGUAAAACGUGUUACUUUGAGGAAUGGAGCCUG